AUGAAUCCUAGCCUGGAGCCAUCUCCUACCUCAUCCGAAGCCUCAGCCACAAUCACAACAGGAAAUGGAAUUCCAAUUUGUCCGGGUAACGGUAUUGCCACCACCGCUACAAAUGUAGGCGUACCUGCAGGCCGUAAACGACCGUUAUUAACGGGCGGACCGAGAACCUCCAUGACUCCCACGAAAAGAACGGUUAUGAGUCUGCUAGCCCGCGCGAGGGCCGCUCAAGCCAAACAGAUGCCCGCGACGUUUCAAAGGGGGACAGCGGAGUUUUGCAUAAGUGAUGCACUUCCAGUCGGUUGGAACGCUUAUGAAAAAUUGAGUUCUCCACGAAAAAUUAUUGCGAGGUCAAGUAGUGGUUCUAUUUUAGAAAGAUUUGAAUUUCUGUCGUGACCAACCUUAUC